AAUAUAAAUAUUAAAAAAAAUAUAGUUUAAAUUUUUAAAGAAUAAUAAAUACGUCGUAUUCGUGAGCACAACAUGCAAAAUCAAUGUUCUAUACCUACUUAAAUUUUGAUUUAGAAAGAAAUAGGACAACAUAGGCUGGCCAAGAGCUACAGUCAAAAAGAGGAAAAAAAAAAAAAAAAACAAAAAGCAGAAGAAGAAAAUUCUUCCAUAAGAGUCCUAUUCGUUUUGUCCAGUCUAUUAAUUCUAACCUCUCAAGUUGAACUGCAUCUGUCAGGUUUCCACACAACCCACCCCCCAAAAAAAAAAAAAAAAAAAAACUUGAAAACGCUCAUCUUCAAGCACAUAUCAUCCAUAUGAUCGCUUCCAUGCUAGCUCUGUGGGAACUCAUCCUCCUCAUGUUGAGCAACCUCUUCUCGCGGCUCGCGGGAGCGAAGCUGCUGCCGCCACCGCCGCCGCCGCAGCCGAGCACGGCGGUAGCGGGGUCGAGCCUGGCCUGCGACGCGAGCUACUGCCUCAGCUGGAGGGUGGCGGUGGAGACGAACAACGCGCAGGGGUGGCGGACGGUACCGGCGCGGUGCGUGCUGUACAUCGAGAGCUACAUGCUCGGCGGGCAGUACGACAGAGACGUCGAGACCGCCGUCGAAUGCAUUGUGGGGUACGCCGAUGGGCUCGUCGUGGGGGACGAUGGCAUGGACGCUUGGGUUCUCGACGUCGACGAUACGUGCCUCUCCAAUUUACUCUACUACCAGGGGAAGCAGUUUGGGGGAGCCCCGUUUGAUCCAACGGCCUUUAAAAGCUGGGCCCGAAGAGGGAUUUGCCCUGCGAUCCCACAAGUUUUGAUUCUCUACAAGAAGCUUCUAGAACGUGGCUACAAGGUUUUCCUUCUCACAGGGAGGGAUCAGGAAACUCUGGGCGCAACAACCACUUCCAACUUGAUUCUGCAGGGGUUCAUCGGCCAUGAGCGGCUCUUCAUGAGAAACAGAACAUAUAGAGGACAGGGCGCAGUGGCGUUCAAAUCGACGAUCAGAAAGCAAUUAGUUGCGGAGGGAUACCGGAUACGGGGUAAUGUCGGGGACCAGUGGAGUGAUCUACAAGGAGAUUGCGUUGGCGACCGCAUAUUUAAAAUUCCUAAUCCUAUGUACUUUGUCCCGUAAAAUUUAGUAAAUCCCCUCAAUUUAGAACGUUUCUUCUUUUGAUGUCUUAACCACCCUCUUGGGCUCCAUUAAUGAAAGUCUCAAGACUUGAA